CAGAGUCAGACAGCUGCUGGGCCCRGUUCUGAUCAGGCCCGGUUCUGAUCAGGUCUGGUUCUGGGUCUGAUGGGGUUCUGUGAGAAACAGGAAGUGACUCAGUGAGCAGGAACAGCUGAUCUAGAUCCUGGCAGAGACUGGAGCACCUGAUGACCUCAUCUGGAACAGCUGAGUCCACAUUUAGGGGCAGGGUCCUUCAAAGGACCCGGGCUCUGGAUCUGUUCCCGGGCUCUGGAUCUGUACCCGGGCUCUGGAUCUGGACCUGGGCUCUGGAUCCGAGCUCUGGAUCUGUUCCCGGGGUCUGACUCUGUACCUGGGCUCUGGAUCUGGACCCGGGCUCUGGAUAUGGACCCGGGCUCUGGAUCUGUUCCCGGGCUCUGGAUCUGUACCCGGGCUCUGGAUCUGGACCUGGGCUCUGGAUCCGGGCUCUGGAUCUGUUCCCGGGGUCUGAAUCUGUACCUGGGCUCUGGAUCUGGACCUGGGCUCUGGAUAUGGACCCGGGCUCUGGAUCUGUUCCCGGGCUCUGGAUCUGUACCCGGGCUCUGGAUCUGGACCUGGGCUCUGGAUCUGGACCUGGGCUCUGGAUCCGGGCUCUGGAUCUGUUCCCGGGCUCUGGAUCUGUACCCGGGCUCUGGAUCUGGACCUGGGCUCUGGAUCCGGGCUCUGGAUCUGUUCCCGGGGUCUGAAUCUGUACCCGGGCUCUGGAUCUGUUCCCGGGCUCUGGAUCUGUUCCUGGGCUCUGGAUCUGUUCCUGGGCUCUGGAUCUGUUCCUGGGCUCUGGAUCUGUACCCGGGCUCUGGAUCUGUACCCGGGCUCUGGAUCUGUUCCUGGGCUCUAGAUCUGGACCUGGGCUCUGGAUCUGGGCUCUAGAUCUGGACCUGGGCUCUGGAUCUGUUCCUGGGCUCUGGACCUGGGCUCUAGAUCUGUACCUGGGCUCUGGGCUCUAGAUCUGGACCUGGGCUCUGGAUCUGUUCCUGGGCUCUGGAUCUGGUGUGCAGGAAGUGAUUACCCAGCAUGCACCUGGGUUUGAUUGACA